GCGUCAGUAAUGGCGGAUAGUCGGCUAUCUACAAUACGAUAGUCGGAAAGUUGGCGUGGGUCCUGUGUCGGCCGAAGCCAGCGUCGGUGUUCUGUAAAAUGGCUGACGGUGACAUUGAUUUGUACGCCGACGAUCUCGAGCAAGAUUUCGCACAGGACGAAUUUGCUGGAGAAGGUGUUGACCUGUACGACGACGUGAUCGCAGCACCUCCAGGUGGGAAUAGUGGAGGGGCAAAUUCUGGUGGCGGAGCAGGCGAUGGCGAUACAACCUCAACUAACGAGGAGACUAACGGUAGCGCUCCUUAUCAUCAAUUGGGCAACAACAUUCAGCCCAACCAAAUUGGAAGACGCCACCAACUUUACGUGGGAAACUUGACCUGGUGGACGAGUGAUCAGGAUAUAACUGAUGCGGUUCAAAGUAUCGGUGUUCCUGAUUUUGUUGAAGUGAAAUUUUUUGAAAAUCGUGCUAACGGACAGUCAAAAGGCUUCUGUGUCAUAUCCCUCGGUUCUGAACAAAGUAUGAGAAUAUGCAUGGAACGGCUUCCUAAGAAAGAACUGCAUGGACAGAGCCCAGUUGUGACAUUUCCAACCAAGCAGGCACUUAAUCAGUUUGAGUCUCAAUGUAAGACUCGACCAGCUCCAGCUCCUCAACAAAGUCAAAAUCAACGCCCACACAAUCCUCAUCAGCAUCAAACAUCCUUACCUCCUCAUCAACAACAUCCCCAGCAUUCACCACAUCCCCAACAUCCUCAACACCCGCAACAAAACCACGGCCCCAGAAUGAUGAUGGGACCGCCGCAAGGCGUGCGGAAUCAACGUAUGCCUUUGCCUGGCAUGGGACCUCCUGGGCCUGGAGGACCUGGACAACAGGGCCCUCCAAGAAUGCACGGGCCACCCAUGGGCCCUGGUGGGCCUCACCAUCCUUUACCUGGUCAUCCUAAUCAGGGUCCACCACCACCAGGCUAUCAGCAAGGUCCUUGGAACGGACCAAGACCCAAUGGUCCACCCGGACCACCGCGAGGGCCUGGCGGACCUGGUGGCCCGCCACAGCAAGGACCACCAGGAUCAGGACCUGGACCGCAACAUCGGCCGCCCGGAAUGCAAUUUCACGGCGGACCACCUGGACCUCCGGGACAAGGGCCGCCUCGUGGACCACCUGGUCAUCCUGGAGGACCGCCUGGUGAUCCUAGAGGAGCCCCACCUCGUCCAGAUUGGAAUAGACCUCCGGGGAUGCAUCAUGGACCUCAGGGACCACCAGGUUUCCCUCAACAUCAACACAUGCAAGGUCCGCAACCAGGUCAAGGCCCCCCGCAAAGAGGACCUCCUCCAGGUUCAAUGGGUGCAAUGUUACCAGGUCCAGGUGGACCUCCACCAGGACAUGGUGGGCCACCUCAAGGGCCACCACAAGGUCCGCCAGGGGGACCCGCUCCUCACGUGAAUCCAGCAUUCUUUCCGCAAGGUCCGCCACAUCAACAUCCCGGACAGCAUCCUGGUGGGCCCCCGGGACCUCCUGGUCCACCUCAUGGGCCACCUCACGGACCACCACACGGACCUCCGCAUGGCCCACCUCAUGGUCCACCGCAUAAUCAACCACAUGGACCUCCACAUGUACCUCCGCAUCCCUAUGGACCACCUGCUGUACAGCCUCCAUAUGGAGCUCCAGGUCCGGAUCACAGGCCUGAAGGACCACCGCCACUCACUGAACAAGAAUUUGAAGAAAUCAUGGGUCGAAACCGCACGGUAUCAUCUUCGGCGAUAGCUCGUGCUGUAUCGGAUGCAGCUGCAGGAGAAUAUGCUAGUGCCAUUGAAACCUUGGUUACGGCUAUAUCCCUCAUAAAACAAUCAAAAGUAGCAGCUGAUGAUCGUUGCAAGAUUUUGAUAAGUUCACUGCAAGACACUCUACGUGGGGUGGAGACGAAAAGCUAUGGAUCCGCACGCAGAGAACGGUCACGCUCGCGUGAACGCGAAAGGAGCCACCGAAGGCGAAGAGAUCGUUCAAGGAGUCGCGAUAGAGAAUAUAGAGAGCGUAGCAGGGACAGAGACCGGGACAGAGAUAGGGAACGUGACCGUGAAAGGGAACGUGAUCGUGAUCGUGACAGGGAACGCUACUACAGCGAACCUUAUCCUAGAGAGAGAUCACGCAGCAGGGAGAGAGAGCGUGAACGUGAACGAGAACGUGAAUACAGGGAACGUAGCAGAGAAGAAAGUACAACACGUCAGGCAGCCAGGCCGCGAGUUAAGGAAGAACCUCCAGAGGCGGCGCCUGUACCAUCAUCCAAGUCGUCUAGGUAUUAUGACGAUCGCUACAGAGAACGUGGUGAACGUGAAAGGGAGCGAGAACGAGAAUCGAGCAGAAGACCGGCGGAGCGUGAACGAGAGCCGGAACGUGAACGCGAGAGAGAACGGGAACGGGAUCGGCGCGACGAGAGAGGCGACUCUUCACAUCGUUCAAGACAUUGAAUAACCUCGGGACACGCAGAUGUACCAGAUUGACAUCUGCAAUACUAUGCAGACCGUCGUCGUCCAGUUCGUCUUCUUCAUCUUCUUCGAGUUGAUGCUUAUCAUUAUCAUGGACAUACUUCCUUUUACUCUCCAUAGGAUUUUAUGACUGGGUGUUUAACAUAAAGAAUAAUUACAGAUGCAAUCGAGUGAUAAAGUUGUGGCAGAUUGAUACAAUAUUUUCUUCUUUUUUUUUCUUUUUUUUUUUAAUCAUGAAUCGAUUCUUAUAACCGGUACAAAAAAUAUGUUGAUAGCAUACGCUCUUUCAUGCUAGUUGGUUUUACAAUGUAAACACAUUCUAUAGAGUUAACUAACAUUUCCACAUUUCAAUGUUUCCUAACAUAUAAAUAUUGUGUAACGAUAGCAUAGGUAUAUUCAUACACAUAUGUAAACAGCAUAAUCGUAAUUAAGAAGAUUUUACUUGUUUGAAUAUGCUGACACUUAGAGAGUAGGUACAAAUGUUAGUUUCUAAAGUAAUGUUCAUGUAAAACGACACACUGUUUUUGACUUUUGCUGUAACUAAUAGUAAUUAAGACAGAAAUAUGACGAAGAAACGAAUAUGGAUUAAAUACUUGAAGAAUCUUGAAAACGAACAAUCACAAUAACGGAUAUUACAACGUAUUCAAGAGGAAUGAAGACAUCUAUACAAAAUUCAACAAUCAUCAUACCUCCACAACGAUGCCAAGAUUGUAUCUUAAUCUAAUACAAAUAUUCGCUUUCAAAAUAUACAUGUAAAACAUGA